AUGAUGGGAGCUGAGGUCCAGGCCGAGCGCAGAGUGACAGACACAGAGGUCCGGAGAGCACUGGUCUUCAUCUUCGCCUCCAUGUGCGCCUGGUAUUCUGGGUACCUGGUGGCAGAGCUCGUUCCAGACGUCCCUCUGUCCAGUGCUGUCUAUAGCAUCGGGAUCAUCAAUGAGAGGCCCAUCCUCAAAGCCCUAGCCCCCAAAAGGGAAAAAUGUCACCACUGGACCCUCUGUCCUCCGAACACCUAUGCCUACCUGUUGCUCAGCGGCGGGGGCAGGGACAAGUAUGCCAAAAUCUGCUUCCAGGAUGAGCUGCUCAUAGGAGAAAAGGCUGGAAAUGUUGGGAAAGGAAUAAAUAUUGCCAUUGUUGAUUAUGUGACUGGGAAAGUGAUUGCGGCACAGUAUUUUGAUACGUUUCAAGGUGAUAACUCGGGGCCCAUGACCAAGUUCAUUCAGGAUGCUCCUGCGAAGUCCCUGCUCUUCAUGGUGACCCACAAUGACGGCAGCAGCCGACUGAAGGAAGAGGCCAAGAAGGCCAUAGAAGCGCUUGGAAGCAAGGAAAUCAGGAACAUGCGAUUCAGGUCAAGCUGGGUGUUCUUUGCAGCGAAAGGCUUUGAACUUCCUGCAGCGAUUCAGACAGAGAAGAUCGACCACUCUGAUAUUAUAAAGAACAGAUACUCAGACUGGCCUGCAGAAAUACAGCUAGAAGGCUGCAUACCGAAAGUACCAAGCUAA